AUGUCAACUGAAUCAAAUAUGGUUGGUAAUAUGCAUACCAAUGAUUCAACUGACGAAGAUGCGAGUGAUGAUGAUUUUUUAUUUACUGAUGAUAUUGUUGCAAAUUUUGGGGAUGUAAUAAUGCUUAAUUGCUUUGUUGCCAGCAAAAGUAGUGUCAUCGGCAGGGUACCUUGUAGAACGUCAUUACUUACGGGAAAAAUGUACAUAUUAGAGAUUCUGAAUGGACAUCCGGAUGUGUGUUAUCGUAAUUUUCGUAUGCAGAAACAUGUGUUUAUGAAUUUUUGUGAUACUUUGAAACAGAAGCAGCUGUUGAAAGAUGGAAAAAAAGUGAGCGUUGAGGAGGGCGUAGCUAUGUUUUUGAUGAUUGUAGGGCACACUACACGAUAUAGUAUUAUUGGUGAUAGGUUUCAACAUUCUAACAACACGAUACACAAGUGGUUUAAACGAGUAUUACGGGCUGUUUGUUCACUUGGCACAGAGAUAAUAUGUCCAACACAUCAAAAUGUGCCACAUGAGCGGAUUUUGCGCAAAUUUCCUUACUUUAAGGAUUGCAUAGGCGCAAUAGAUGGAACACAUGUUGCAGCUUGGGCACCUACAUCAAGACAAACAUCUUUCCGUGGAAGGAAAACUAAUAUAACACAAAAUGUGAUGUUGACAUGUGAUUUUGAUAUGAAGUUCACAUUUGUGUAUUCUGGAUGGGAAGGCACUGCUAAUGAUUCGCGAGUAUUCAUUGAUGCAGUCACAAGAACUUCAAAUAACUUUCCAAUGCCACGCGGAGAUCAAUUUUACCUUGUUGAUUCUGGUUAUCCAAACAUGCCUGGUUUUCUUGCCCCUUAUCGAGGACGAAGAUAUCAUCUGCGUGAUUAUCUUGGACGAGGAAGACCGCGUGGAAAGGAAGAACUGUUCAACUAUAGACAUUCCUCGUGUCAGAAUAUGGUAUUUCAAGAUAUGCCGGAGUCAAGUCAAGAUCAAGGAGCCAUACAAUUUGAUGCUAGUCAAACAGCUCAAAUGGGACAAGUCAGGGAUCAAAUUGCUACACAAAUGUGGAAUGACUUUUCAAGGAGUCGUACAUGA